GGUUGACGUCGAGCAAUUCAACAGCAAGGCGAAUGCCCCGGCUGGCCGGGGCCUGGUUCCGUCGGUCGAAAGCGACCGAGGUGCUCGGGUCUUAUAGCUAUAAAACUGGCGGCGCACUACCUAAACAGGUGCUCUGCGGGCCAGCCGCCUGCCCCAUGCAUCCAGUUCCAGCCGCCUCCCUGUUCCAUCCGCCUCCCCGGGCGGGGUAACAAACUAACGCGGGGCGCUGCCGUGGUGGAUUUUCGCCAACGAGUGGACAUCCUUCGGAGGCAGCUACGGGUGGGAAGACGGGCAAGCGCCUGGAGACCUCUCAAGGAAGCAUCCCUGUGCGUGCGGAGCUGCGUAUCGCCAGAGACAACUGGGAGGCGUCGAAGCAGAGGUAGAGCAACGCGCCACGGAAACCCGGCGCGCUGGCGGCUACGGGCCAUCAGGCGCGCGCCCCCCUUGGAGGGACUAUUUUUUGGCGGCGCAGGCACCGUUAGUGAAGAAAGUGCGCGGCGUUUUGGCGAAGGGCGUCGGGGGGCGGAGUUCGGGAGAACCACAGCCGCGGCGCCCCCCGUUGAUUGUAUGUUGGCCCGCCUCCGUGUUCGCGCGCGCGCGUGCGUCUCUGCCGCACUGAGAAAACCGAGCAGGGCGCCCUCGCGCGGAGGCGAUUGGCGCAAGGGGGCCCAUUGGCUAGUCAGGCGCCCGGCGGAGUUUGUGGCGGUGUGCCCGCGGUUGGCAAAGGGCCGAAGCCGGAGGACACGAAAAACGCCGAAAGGAUCAAGCCCCGAGCGACGGCCGCCGUGGCCCGCGCAGGCAGAAGCAAGGCGGGGGCGUGUGUGGUGCGUGGCCUAUGGCCUGCCGCCUAGCUAGGGGGCCGAGGCGAGGCCGCGCCGGCCCGCGCCCCCCCGGGCCGCCGCGGUUGUAUUUCUUACGCCCGGCCCCCUUCAGGGGAAGGGC